AUGGAUUUUCAGUUGAAUCUCAGAUGGCUCUCUUAUGNCUUUGUUCUCCUUGUCUGCCUGACACAGUUCAGUGUGGUCAGCGUUUUCACCAACAUAGCGCUGGUCUGCCUCGCUCCGAUGUUGGCCCUACGACUUUUGUUAACUGCAAGAUCAGCGUUUCUGAGAAGCGAAUUUGAACACCCGCUCAAAUCAUAUUUAUCGAAGGACAUUGAAGUAUCUAAGGAUAAGGCUGACCAACUCGGUGAAAAAGUUGCUGAGUUUGCUGUUUCCAUGACUACAAAGCUGAGAGGACUUUUCUUGGUCGAUGACUUAUCUGACUCUCUGAAGUUGUUGGUAGGCUUGUACGUUCUCUCUUACGUGGCUCAGUGGUUCAGCGGCAUAACGCUGAUUUUCAUGGGUAAGUAAUUAGAGAGUUC